AUGUUGAUAUUCGUCUCGCGUGACAUUUUAAUAGCGUUGGUUGAUAAAUUCAUAGAAGAAGUGAGUAUCUUUGACUAUUUGAGUAACUAUAGAGGGGUCAAUGACAUUGAAGAAUGUGCUGGAAACACAACAAGUCGAGCCGAGGAUAAAUCGAAAACGAUGAUGAAAGAUUUGGUUAGAGAAAAACUCUUGACUAUUAUGAAUACCAAGGCAUAUACUCGAUUUAAUCCGGAACAGUUACUGAAACUGGAAAAUGAGGUAAAACUCUACAUGAAAUGUGGAGAUUCCGCACUAACAGAGGGCAACUACUUCUUCUUGAUGGAAAUGCUUUUCUAUGUUCUGGUUUACUUAAACCAAGACGUGGACGCGCAAGUUAUUUAUAAUACACUGAGAGAUCGUCUUGGUGAGAGUUCGUAUAAGAUGGUCAUUAUGAAAGCCACCCUAUUGCAAAUAAAUGGUGAUGAUAAGGGUGCUAUUGAGUAUUUAGAAAAAUUAUUGAAGGACGAUCUAGAAUACGAAACAGACUUCGUUACCUAUGUCUCCAUUGCUAAGAAAUUGAUAGCGAUCAAGACGAAUGCCAAGGAUUUAAACCAGGAAGCCGUUCUGCAAGAAUUGGUGAAGUUGAUGGAUAAGUUCCCUCUAGAUGCUGAAUUGUGGUGGUAUGCCAAUGAGAUUUAUUUCGAAAUGGGCCAAUUUGAAAGGGCCCGCUAUUGCUUGGAACAGGUCCUGUGCAUCACCCCAUUCAAUUAUGUUUGUUUUGGUAAGCUAAGUGAAACUCUAUAUUAUGAAGCCCUUCGUAACAAAAAACAAGCCAAAUCUGAGCUCUUAGACAAGGCGUUGAAGAACGCUCUAAGAAGCGUGGAAUUGAGCGAACUGUACCUGAAGGGAUGGGCAUUGGUUAAUGUGAUUUCUCGGGAAAUAGGGGAGAGUAAGAAUAAACUGAUCAAGUUGUCUGAAUCUAAAUUAAAGGAGAUCUCUACUAAGUCCAACAGUAAGGACAAAAUUACGGCUGAAUUGAUUUUAAAUAAAGUAUGA